CUAUUUCUGCAUUGUAAUUACAUCUUGGUGUGCACAAGGUCCGGCUGUUGCUUGCAGGAGCUAGGAUUCAGUAUUCCAGUGCGCCGGCAGGUGCCAUGGACGGUGCAUGCCUGAUCCUCGAAUUGGAUCAUAUUCUGCGCAGUGACCCCCUCAUCGAUGAGGUGGGCCUUGUACCGUCUGUGUCUGCGGACGCUCUUCCCCUGGAGCAGGCCCCCCAGUCUGCCGACUCUGCCUCAGCGUAUGAUCCCUCAGCUUUCUGGGUUGGAGACCACAAGCUCGCUGUCGCGCUAGUGGCGGCGAGAGCCAUGUACUCUGCGGCGCUGCUGACCCUCAAACGGGCGCGCACUGCUGGCCCCACAAGCACAGGUGACGCUGAGUUGCUUCAGGCAACGCAGGUCAUCGUGAUUGUCAACCCGGAGCACUACACAGCCUGGAAUACCAGGAAGCGCGUGUUGCUACGGAGUCCUGCCCCGGAAGGUGCGGCCUCUGUGGAGCUGCAGCUGUCAGCGUUGGCACUGUCGGUGCACCCCAAGAGCGAAGCCACCUGGUCGCACAGGCGGUGGGUCCUGAGAAACCUUCUGCAGAUCGCCAAGAGUCCUCAGUGCAGCGUGCUGGAGAAAGAGUCUGCGCUGGCACAACGCUGUGCCGAGCUGCGCCCCAUGAACUACCGUGCCUGGAGCCACCGCGCGUGGGCCGCCCAGUGGAUGCCGCCCGGCCAGCUGCGCGCCGAGCUGCAGGCGAGCCGCGUGUGGGCGGAGCAGCACGUCACCGACAACUGCGGCCUGCACUACCGUCGACGGCUUAUCCUGCUAGUGCUCCAGCGGUCCCCGGGGGAUGAGGUCACGGCCACGUCACCCGGAUUGCUUGUCGAGCAGGAGCGAGCCUGGCUGACCCCCCUCCUGGACUACUACCAGGGCAGGGAGGCGCUUUGGCUGCACCGCCGCUUCUUCGCACAGAUUAAUUUCGCCGGUGCUGGGGCAGAACCCCAAGCCACCGUCAAACAACCGGAGAGUGACCCUAAGGCUUCGACGUCCCCUUCUCAAGCAUCAGACACGGGUGGUACAUUCAAAGGGUUUCCUGUUCCGUUUCCCCUCUGGAGUGCAGAGCAGACCUUGGUAGAUGAAGUCGACAGUGGGUCCGUGGUGGCGUCAGGGAUCAUGGCCUCCGCAGCUGAGUCCUGUGCACGCGAGGAGGCAUUUGUGACGGAGGUUGUCGAAAGACUGCGCUCGGACACUAAUUUAGGCUUGUAA